AUGAAUCGACAAUCUGGUUGGGAGCUUGGCAGUUCAGGAGAUCGCCUGUUAGAUUUGGUUAAGUGGGUUCACCAUUUGAUUCAAGUGUCAGCACCUAGAAGGAAGGAUCAAGAAAAUCUGUCAUCUCUUUUUAUCACUACUAGAGGGGAAGUAAAAGCUGCUUCUCGAUCCAUAAUUGCUGGAUGGUUUAAAAAGCCGUUUAAGGAUCUGGGCAUCGAUAUGGGUCCUGGUUCUAUCCGCUCUGCAGUAGCAUCGUUUGAUUUUCAAAAUAAUGUUUCCCUGGACUCCAUUCUGGAGAAAGGUCUUGCCAAGGCCUUGCCGUCAUUUGGGGGAGAAGGUACUGAAGAAGAGCGGGACGCUAGGUCUAGCCUUGCCCCUAGCCGGCUAAAAGAACUGGAAUGGUGGGAGAGAGGACCUUGCCCGUUUGACUGUAGCUUCCGCAACAUGAUAAUGUAG